AUGUCGACUACUACCACCUCUCCUCCAACGGCACCGUCAGUUAACACCGUUGGCAGUUCGCAAACUCUUCUAACCGGGGCACGGGAGUAUCUCCCUGACGUUGACCAUGCCGUCUUCAGGCACUUCCGCAUCAUCAAGAGGGUCGAGGGAAAAGCUCAGCAGUACGAGUGCAAGUUCUGCAGCAACGUCUACACUGGUGCUGCCAUCCGAUGCGCACAACACUUCACGUCGUGGAAGGGGAUGAAACGCCGUGAAGUGGUGCUUUGCAAGGAUGCGCCGCAAGAUGUGCGUCGGGCCAUGCGCGCGCAUUACGAGGCAAAGGCUGCUGCGGCCGAAGAAAGGAGGCGGGCUGCAGCUGAAGCGGUUGCCGCGGUGAAGGCUAACGGUGGGAAGCGGGCGCGCAUCACCGAUUACCUUGAGGGGGAUGCGGCUGCAAGAAAGAGAGAAGCGGACGAGUCACUUGCGCUUGCUUGGGCCGCCCUCCACAUCCCCGAGCGCCACAUUGACCAUCCUCUGAUGGUCAAUGCAUUGAACAACGUCUCACGCGCCGGCGGCGACUACGUCCCUCCCAAGAGGAAAUACGUCGGCGGUGCUGGCCUUGUCGCGUGUCGCAACGGAAUCGAGCAGGGUUUGGUGGGCGUCAAGACGAGCUGGAAGCGGACGGGCGUGACGAUUUCGUCCGACAUGAUGACGGACCGCAGGGGCAGGCCGCAGGCCAACGUGCUUCUCGUGAAUGAUUCCGGCGCCGUCUUCUUCGACUGUAUUGACUGCAACAUGGAGAGGAAAACGGGUGGUUACGUGGCGGGGAUUCUCAGGCCCGUGGUGGAGGAAGUGGGUCCAGAGAACGUUGUUGCGUUCUGCAUGGACGGGGGGUCGAACUAUGCGGUGGCAGUGAAGCACCUUAUACGGGAGUGGCCGCACAUUCAGGAUGUGCCGUGCGCCACUCAUGUAUUGGAUCUUCUCAUGGAAGACGUGGGGAAGAUGCCAUGGGCUAAGCCGGUGGUCGACAAGGGAGGGGAGAUAACCGGCUUCGUCCGCAACCACCAUUGGACCCGAGGGUACCUGCGGACGCCGGAAUUUGUGGAGGGGAAGGUUCUGGAAGCGCUGUGUUAG